CUUCUCUCUCUCUCUUUUUUCUUUCCUUUUUUUUUCCACUUAAUCUUACCCUUUCCCUUCCUUACAUCAUUCCACUACACAAUGUCUGCUUCCAGAUUCACAAUGAGCCGAGAUCGUUUGGCCGAACUUCGUGGCGCAAAUAACAACGAAAAACGUUAUGAUCGUCUCAGUGACGAUUAUGAUAAUGUACCUCCUCCAAUGCCCACAGGUAGAAACGAUACCGGUUAUCGUCCCCCCGUACCACCUUCACCUACAUAUCAAAGCGACUCACGUGGAGAUCGACAUGCAGACAAUAAAGAGACUUAUGAAAUGAGUCAACGCAUACCUACCCAAGAAGGUAUCACCACUACCGAUCAAUUUUUUCAAGAGGUUGAAGAAGCAAAAGACUUGAACAAAAAAAUUAUUAAUAACAUCGCAUUGAUUGAGGAACUACAUGGUUCAGCUCUAACAAACAUUAAUGAUGAACAGUCAGAUGAAAAUGCGUAUCGUCUUGAGAAAGUUAUCAAAUCCACAACCAAGUUAAACAAUCAAUGUAAAAAUAAAAUUAAAGCUAUUGAGUUAAGUAAUGCUCGUAUGCCUGCAAAUUCUGGCGAUUUGCCCAUGCGUAAAACGCAACACUCUGCAUUAAAAAAGAAAUUUAUUGAGACAAUCCAAAGAUAUCAGGAUAUCGAAAGAACAUACCAACAAAAAUAUAGACAAAGAGUUGAAAGGCAAAUUAAAAUUGUUCAACCUAACGCUACACAGGAUGAAAUUGAUCAGGUUUUAGACUCGGAUGAGCCAACACAAAUCUUUGCACAGUCCUUGAUGCAAUCAAGUAGGUCUGGGCAAGCAAGACAAGUAUUAUCGGAGGUCCAAUCUCGUCACGAUGAUAUUAAAAAAAUCGAAAAGACUAUUUUGGAACUUCAUCAAUUGUUUGUAGACAUGCAAAUGAUGGUGGAACAGCAAGCGGAAACCUUGACCCAAAUAGAGACACAUGCAGAACAUACAAUGGUAGAUUUGGAACAAGGUGUCAAGGAUGUUGACAGAGCCAUUGUCAGUGCGAAAAGUACACGAACUAAAAAAUGGUGGUGUUUCAUCAUUUUCAUCAUUAUUUUAAUUGUCGCUGCUAUCUUGAUUUGGUGGUUUGCUUUCGACCAUGCCGGUGUUUAACUUAUUGUUUUCUCUUUCUUUCCCUGUAUCUCUUAAUAUACUAAUAAUAAAUGCAUACUUUAUAAUCAUCCUUUUCAGGCCUAAUGUCCACCUUUUAAAAAAAAGUCAAAUUCGCUUACACUCCGACCAAAUUCGCCUUUGCAAA